AAUAACAAAAAUUGUUUUAUUAGGAAGAGCCUAAGUUUGUAUUUAUUAAACAAAAACCCGAUCACAUAAAUUUGAAACCUGAACCCUAAAAUGUGUUGUCUUAUCUUAUUGAUCGUAAUGGCCGAUUUACGAAAGGCGUGUCAGGAUACGUAUACUGCCGGAAUGUGUACCUAGCAAUAUACGUUUUCUAGUGUACAUUUGUGUGUAUGUCGAUACGUACAUACAAUACAGCCACGCCACCCACUCCCACUGAGUGGGAUGUAAUGUAUGUUUUACAACUGAAUUGACGAAUGUAAUGAAUGAACAGGACGUGGAUAUUAAUUGAGUUGCGUGUGGUUGAAUUUUAAAGUGCUACCAAAAGACCAAACAGUCGGCUAUGAGAUUGCACUGAGCCCCAUACCCUACCCGUGUGAAUGUGCGAUGUGAGAUGGAAACUGUAUGUAUGUGUUGUGGGUGUGUAGAGAGGGGCAGUAAGAGUAAGAGAGGAGCAGUUACAAGGGGUGAGUGACACAAAAGUUGCCGUAAGUUAGGGGUUGGUUAUGAGCGGUGCGGUACUUGGUACGUCGGUUGCAGCAGCGCGGCUAAAACGUUGAUGAACUGGCUACUUAUUGAGAAAGGAUAUUGAAAAAUGUUUAACAAAUACUCACUGUUGACUUAAACUAUGUAGUAAUCCUAAAUAAAAUCAGGAAAGGAAAAACAAAACGAGCAAAUGAAAAUGCACUAUAUUUGAGCAACAUACAUUGGUAAAGUUGUGUAGCAUUAAAAACGAGAUAUAAUUUUAGAGCAUAAUGAUAUGUCUGGAAUCCAUAUAAGCACGGAUUUGAAUGAAUUCAGUGGCGUGAGUUCCGGUUCUGCUUCGAUUUCCCUAUCAUCAUCUUCAAGUUCGUCAUCAGCAUCGGCAUCUGCAUCUGCAUCGAGCUCCACAUCAUCGUGUGAAAGGAAAGUGGUAUUGUACUAGGAGGGAACAUUAGCAGCUGCCCGAUAUUAAAAAUUGGCACUAAAGAUUUAGUCUUGUUUCAAAGUAAAGACCCCUAAACUAUUAGAAUGUCGGCGCAAAUAGCACCAAAGAUGUUGAACGAUAGUAUGCCGGACUCAAUUCAUAAGAAUAAUCCUGGGCAUCAUCAAAUGAUCGAACAGCCAAAAGUUCAUGCGUCGUCGAUGCCACUAACCGACGAUCCGCGAACAUUGCAAUUGGCGUUGGAACUAUCAUUGGUCGGGCUAAAUGACAAUCAACACUGCUAUGGCCAACCUGCACUACCCGUCACGAUACACAACGACUUUGAAAUAGGCUCCAUCAAUGUGGUGCCGGCCGUUUUCUCUAAAACGGACAACACCCUGCCUCUAUCUGGAGUAUCUGGUUCCGGUCUUUUAUUACCCACUGCCGCUACCGUUGGCGUUGAAGACCGAUCAAAGAAGUCUCAAAAUAUGACCGAAUGUGUGCCAGUUCCGAGCUCAGAACAUGUCGCCGAAAUAGUGGGUCGGCAGGGGUGCAAGAUCAAGGCUUUAAGGGCUAAAACAAAUACAUACAUCAAGACUCCAGUUCGCGGAGAGGAGCCGGUAUUUGUAGUUACUGGUCGCAAGGAAGACGUAAACAAGGCAAAACGAGAAAUACUUUCUGCAGCAGAUCACUUUAGCUUGAUACGAGCGUCUCGAAAACCUUCGAUUGAGGGUCACAAUAGCGGAUUGACGGGAAAUAUGAACGACUCGGGCUCAUCGGGAUCGAGUGGCAGUGCAGGUCCUGUAUCGCGAAUGCAGUCUGGACCCCCAUGUUUGCCCGGCCAGGUUACCAUACAGGUACGUGUACCUUAUCGGGUUGUGGGUCUUGUGGUUGGACCCAAAGGUGCCACAAUUAAACACAUCCAACAGGAGACACAAACAUACAUUGUGACGCCAUCGCGCGAGAAGGAGCCUAUUUUUGAGGUGACUGGUUUGCCUGACAACGUAGACACGGCCCGAAAGCAAAUUGAAGCACACAUUGCCCUUCGAACUGGAUCCGGGUCUGGAAAUGGUGCUGGUGCUGGUACUGGCGGUGCUGGACAAGGAUGUGAACUGCUCGAUACGCAGGAGUUUGGGACACAGCCAACAAUAAAUUCAUUAACACAGAUUCUGAACGAUGAUCUAAACUCGGAAAUACUGUCAUCCAUCUACAAAAGUGUUAUCUCGCCUGCUCUGGACUAUGGCGAUAACACACUAAAGAUGGUUGGUGGCACUGUGGAUAGUCUCAACAUGAAUAAUGUGAAACUAAUGCCGGAUCAUCAUUUAAGGAACGGUUAUCAGAAGUCGGAAUUAGCUGACAUGGACAUGCCACCGAUUGUAUUGGCUUCAGCCACAUCGGAUAACCAUUUUUCAGCCAGUGAAGCUCAAAUGCCACCAGCAAAAGUUACUAAUGUGUACCGUAUUACGAACAAAACCUUGUCAUUCUGUCCACCGACAUCCGCGUCUAUGAAUUCCAACUCUGGCUCAAAUAUACUAACCAGAUCAUGUUCAUCAGCGUCCUCAACCGCUUCGACAAAGAGCACAAACAAUAGCGCCAACACUCCUCCAGAACUAUUGAAUAUAUGGAAAAACAUAAGCGACUCGAUUGAUGUGGAUGAAGGCAUUGGAGACUCGCCGAGCAUUUGGAAUCUUCCAGCGAACACUAUACCCACCGCCCAUUGCUCGCCCACAACCUCAAUAAGUCCGACGGACUCUCUUUUGGGGCUUGGAGAGCACUCAGUAAACCAAAAUAUUUCUCGACACAUUAGAGAAUCGUCAUGUACCAGUCAGCAAAGAGCAGCCUCGGUUCAAUUUCAACCCAAUUCCAGCACCGACAAAUUAUCUAUGCAGCGCGAGUGCUUUGUGUGCAACGAAAAUGAAGUAACCACAGCGUUGGUUCCGUGCGGCCACAAUAUGUUCUGCAUGGACUGUGCCAAUCAAAUCUGCGUUUCCAUGGAAGCCGCAUGCCCGAUUUGCAACUCAAUUGUUUAUCACGCGAUGCGCAUUUUAGGUUAAAUAUAGCCCUAAAUAAACAAGGUUUCUGUUUAAUCGUUGAGCGAUAUGAGGUACAAUCCAAGUUAGUUCGCAAAAUUAUUCGCAUAUUUUGUAAAUCAAUUGAUAAUUAAUUUAACUUAAAGAUACAUAUAACGAAAUCGUUCAAAAUAAUAUUCCUUGCUUUUUGGAAUACAUAUGUACAUGUUCUGAUUUUUUGGCAGUAGCUUCCGACGCUAUGUUCACAUAAAAUGCAUAAAUUUCGGAUAUCGAUCAUCUGCAGGGUUUAUCCUCAAAGAUUCGAUCACUUGUCGAAAACCAAGUCAUUCUGAGAACAUACAUUUUUUGUAGCUGCCACAGAAAAAUCGAUCAAUCAUCAAUCGAUCUGCGAUUCCACCUUAAUUUCCGAUUAUUUGUUGUCGAAAGAUAAAUGUUCUACCAUUUAUUUUCUGCGUUGCUACCAUUAACACAAGAAAUAUUUAAUUUAAAUUUUUUCGUUUUCAAUGCCAGAUUGCUUUUUAACCCUUGCAAAUUUUGUGCAGCGGGCUAGUUGAAAUUUCAUUGAAAACUUUGUUCACGUUUUCCCAUUUUAUACCGUAUUUUCUCUUAAAAAAAUUAUAAGGUCAAAGAUACAACAACAUCUUUUCAUGCAAUGGCUUGCUCUAAUUUGAUUGUCGUGUGAGAUGAUAUGAUUUAGGAAAUCGUAUAUUUUUAUAUUACAAUAUAUGUAUGUAUAAGUUUUAAAAAGAAAACAUUUUCAAAUAGGUUUGUAUGUAUGUAUAGGUACUUACAUACAUAUGUAGGAGUGAAUAAUGUGCUUCAAAUUUCAAUCAAAUACUUUUCACAAACCAAAUGUUUUUGCUUCAGUGUUUCGAAACGAUUUAAGUGAUUAGCUCCAGAUUUUUAUGGUUAUCAUAUUGUAGCAACAUUUUUAGACGACAUACAUAAAUACAUGCAUUCAUACAUACAUACAUAUGUAGGACACAAAUAUGAAGCGAUAAUGGUAAUUCUCGCAUUAAAGAAUUACAAAAUUUAUAAAAACGAAAUUUCAAAAUUAACUUGGGGUCUAAACACUGAAUGUACGACACUAGUUUACAGAAAGGAAGUAAUACAAAAUAAGUUGACUGAUAAAUAGGCAUAAAUAUUAAGACCAGCACAUAUGCAUACAUAGAUAAUGUCAGACACAAAUAUCAUAUAACAAAUUAUAUUUAUUUAUAAAUAUGAUGCAUUGUAUGUAUGAGCAACAUGUGACAACUACCUAUAUAAAGCUUACGAUUAAUGUGAAUAAAAAGACUUAUAUAUUUAUAGUCAAUCAUAUUUAAUAUUGAUAAUACAGUGUCUAUUGCGCAGUAUACUAGACGAGAUAAUUAGCCACAUUUCCUGACUCCUGUUCUGUUUCAAAACUACACUUUUGUUAUACAUACAUGAAGUAUGAACAUUUUAAGAUUACAUUACCCAAGAUUGUAGCAAUACAUAUGUAUAUCUAGUCCACAUUAUCUUAAUAGAGGCUGUUUUUCUCUUAGUUAUUAUAUUUGAUUUUAUAAACAAUUUUAAAGGUCAAAGAUACAAACGAGUGAGACUAAAUAAAGUUUAUUGAAAGCGCAAAACAUACAUUUAGCAUUAUUAAAAAUACAUCACAUUUAAAUAGUACAAUUUAAUUUAUUAAAUGAAUCAUAAAAAAUGUAUGAAUAUAAAGCAUAUAUAUAUAUAUAUAUGUAUACGUACAUUUUCUAUGAUUUUACAUAGUCCUAAAAGAAUAUUCUUCGUAAUAUAUAAUACUAAUAUAAGACAUAGGUACAGUACGUUUCCAUAAAUACGAAGGAUCAGUAUUUCAGAAUUAAUUAACUAUAGAAUCAAAGUACUAUAGUGGGGAAUACAUAGUUUGAUUGUUGUAUUUAUUUUUUAACCUGCACCAAUGAUUGGGCCAAAUCCAAAGUAUAUUUUGGAAAAUAUUUACUUUAUCUUAUUAAAGGCUUUGGUUCAUCAACAGAUUAAAUUAGAAAAUUUGCAAUAAGUAUUUGUUACUGUUUAAAAUUAGAAUAUAUAUUUAAUAUUUAUGUUGUUAUUCAAAUUUCACUACUUUGUUUGUCACAACUACAGAAUGACUUACAGUCUGAGCAGACCAAUACAAAGCUAUUCUUGCAAACAAAACUGCUAGUCGAAUGUUUCAAUUAUGUUAAGAAUUUCUACCAAAUGGUCUCUCUGGUAAAAUUAUGGUCUUAGCAAUUUUUGGUGCUAUUAACAAUUAUCAUUAUAAUAAAUUGAUUAGAGAGUGUGAGUGCUGAAAGAAAGUGAAUAUGUAUGUUAGGUUACAUUACUCGACAAAACUGAACUUUUUUCCGCUUCGAAGCAAACCGACUUUUUUCAGUAGAUUGGGAGCUUUAAUUUUUUAAAAGAAAAAUGUUUUUUUUAAGAAUUUUUGAAUACUGU